GUCGAUCCUGUGUUCACUAAAAUUGUAACGGGUGUGCCGGUUAAUUUUGUUUUUCUUUACGAGGCAACCCGUUUACGUGUCUCAAAAUGCCCAUCGUAGUCUGCUUGUGCGGUUUGAUUGAUACGCUAUUAAAUAGAUUUGGUUGGUGACGCGGAUUUCUUCGUUGGUAGCUGGUACUGUUGCGAAAUGUCUACUUCCAUUGGUUCUGGUGCAAGUUUCUGUUGCGGUUGAUUAUAAUUUCUAUCUGAUAACUCCUCUGUAUUCUGACGUUUGGUGCAUGAUGUUGUUCGUUGAAGCGAAGUUGAUAUUUCCUUUUAUCAUCAGAUUGCUGGAAUCUUUGUUGCUCAUUCCCCCUUGGGAGGUUACAAUGUACCUCGAAUUGGUGAUUCACAUUGCCGUGGUAAAUAGUACUAGCUACUGCGUAAGCUGUGUCCAAAUCUUUAGGGUUAUGGCUAUACAAUGUCCCAUUUGUAUCUUUCUUAACUCACGCAUGCACAUUUUGAGAGCUAGAUUCUUAGAUAAAUUGAUCAGAAUAUAUUUUCUUGCUCUCUCGCUUGUCAGCUGGCAGGUCACCCUGAUCUGAGCUGGCAACAAAACACAAUCAGGGUGCCGUCAGUUAGUGAAAAAGGCCGGAUGCCAGAAGAGUAGCGGAAAAACGAACUGCCAAAAUUAGUGCGUCGUGAAAAUUUUGUAAAAUUAGAUGUCAGUAGUUUGUAAAAUUAUUUAUAUAUAUUGGCGAUAUAGGUCUACUGGGGAUCCGAGCACCCAAAAAUAAUAUCGGUAACGCGAUAUUUGCAUACCUCAGUGGAAAUGUGAAAACAGCAAAAUGCCCAAAAGUUGUGUAUGCCCAAUGCCCAAUCUAAUAUUUUUCAGCAGUGGCAUCAUUGGCAAAUGUUAUAAAAAUUGCUCUCUCUCGAACCAAAGAGAUUCCUAUCAAGUUAUCUAUGCUAGAUUAGAGGAUCAAUGCAGGAGUUAACGAACCGUUGUUUGUCGCGAGUAAAACAAAUUAUAUUUAUUUGGAUGGAUUCACCAGCGCUUUCUGAUGACACCUAUUUGGAGGAAUGCCCAACAACGUCUUCGACUCCCGUAAAAGAACAAUUGACAUUUAAAUGGAAGAAAUUCAACAUUUCUGGUUGCUACAACUCAGAGGCAAGCUUCACAAAGCAACAAGGAAACAAUUUGCCUGUGGAUGGAAAUGAUGUUUUUAACAUGUUAAAAACUAUUACCUCCCAACUACAAGAGUUGUCUUCCAGAGUUGAAAACAUGGAAAGGAAGAUGGGCAGCUUUUUGAAAGAAAAUAUAAUUCAAAAAAGCGAAGAAAUGGCCCAACAAGAAACCGUCCGCGAAUGUAAGGUGCUAAUGCGGAAAGUUCACCAAUCAGUAUGCCGACUGACUGWCCCUACCAUUAACAACACUAGCUGCAACUUUGGAAAUGGAAGAAAAACUGAAAUGCGAAGAAUUCGCUACAGCAACGAAACAGUUUGUUUUAAGGAUGAAAGGUAGUUCCGACAGUGUUGCGGCAACUGAACACUGACGAAUUCCUGAGUUUGUGAAACUCGGACGGUAGUGGAGGCAAGCAACCGCUAUCGAAAUUUCUGUUGUCCAACAUAUUAUAUGAUUCUUUCAUCACCUGUGGACUUGCGAAUUUCGAGCAACAAAUGCGGAAGUCCAUCGAAAUGAGCCACCAUAGAUUUAAGCAAAAAAAA